AUGCCUCCAAAUAACUUCUUUCAAUCAAGGGCGUUGGAUGAAGUAAGGAAAUUUCGAGAAGAGAAAGCCAAGAUUGCCUACGAUGUUAUACCCAGAUAUCGAAGACUUUUGAGGAUACAAGGUUCCAUCAAUAAGGAAGAAUUGCAUGAGUGGACAGAGAAAGCUCAGAAGGAAAUUUCCGAAAUCGAGGAUUGUCUUGGACAAAAGAUCGAUUUGACAACAUCAUUUGCAGAGUCAUCCAAGAAUGUUGUUCGGGAAUCAAAACUGGCAUUCGAGAAGGGACAGAUGAGUGAGAAAUGCAAUGUUGAAUUGGAUCUUAUAAAGAUCGAAGCCAAUAGAGCGAAGGAAUCAGAGAUAAAAAGUAUUUUAUCUACUUUGAUAGAAAUUUCUGGAAAAGAGUUGGUGAAAUCUAUUUUGGAUUCUCUAACAGAUUCUUCUGGACCCAAGACAUCCUCCCAAGACCUGCCGUAUGUUAUUGAUCCUGCAAUCAUUAAGGCAUGUGUGAAUUUUCUGGGAAUGGAUGGCAAAAUCAAGCCAACUGUCACUCACGUUAUCAAUGCAAUGGAGGCCACACAUCAACGAAUUCAAGAAUUAAAAAAGGAGGUCAAAUCAAAAGAAUUGGCUUCCACUACUUCCAAUUCAGACAUGAUAAAUGAGAUGAAAAGAAAGCGAGAAGAGCAGAGGAUCUCAUCGGUAAUUCAGGGCUCUCCUGGUUUGAGACGAAAUAUUUCGAAGCAUCCGGUUACUUCUUCCGGGAAAAUAAUACAACUUUCAUCCAACGAUAUUCCUCUAUGCAAAAGAUUGCCUGAAAAGAUAUCGUCCAUGAGAAGAUUGGAGGAAACGGUCUUGCUGCCUACUCAGAUUAUUGAAAGGCAAGAUGUUUCAUUACCCGGCAACAGCAAGAAUGAUGUGAAACUACCAUCAUCUAGUCGAACUCGGGACAAAAAGACACUCACAAUACAAGUUCCAGCUUACAAUCGAAAGACCUCGCCAUCGAAGGAAAUUUCCCCAUCAAAUUCUUCGGACUCUUCGCCAGCUUCUCAACAAGAUAUAGAUAUUCUAUUGAAGGAUUUAGAAAGUACUCGACUGACGAAUUCUCAUCUACACACAGAAACUGACGAUCUCACAUCAAAAUUGAAGAAUCUUGUGGUUUUAAAGGACAAUUUAGAGGAUACAUCAAACCAAUUAAAAUGUCAUUUAUUAUACAACGCCAACUACAACCAACAAAUAUCCGCCGCUGAUGUUAAAAUCUACUUUCAAGACAUUCAAAUUUAUGACGGAAUCAAAGAAAGAAGGUUGGUCAAGUUCAAAACUUUAUGUUACGGUAUUACCAUUGCGGACGACUUUCUUAAUAUGUCAUUCAAACCGCAUCUUCCAGUCAAGGAACAUAUUUUUCUUCUAUUCCAUAGUAUGCCAAGGAACUUUUCAUUCGAAAAUCAAUCCAUUUACGCCAAGGAACAAGCCCAAUAUCACGUCUUGUGGUUAUCGGGGCAGUUACAAUCGAUUGUGAAUGUCUGUUCAGAUCCUCAAACCAAUAGAUUCUUCACAUUUUGGUUGGAAAACAUUAUUAAUUUUUGUCCUCUGGUUGGAAUAGCUAGAGCAAGCUUAUUUCUAAUUAUUGCAAAUCUUACAAUGAGAACAGAUAACCUCAGUGAGGAUGGUCUAUGGUGGGUGCUACAUAACAUGGUAAUCUUGGGGAAGAUGGGAAAUCCAAUGAAUGAUUGGGAGGUUGUCGAAUAUAUUUGCUUCUUUUACUUCAUCUCCAAAGGACCUACCGAAAAUCCCAUGAUGAAGAUGAUCGCCAACAACCAGCCAGCAAGUUUCAGUCUUAUUCAAGAUUUGAGAGACAAGGCCUUCAUGGAUAUGAUUGGAUUCCUAUCACAUGAACCUGUUCAGAAGUUCAUUCGUCAACAAUCCAAGGAUUCGGUUUUUAUAUCCUCUCACAAGGAAAAUCGGAUUGCGAUAUUGAGAACCUGUGUUGGAAAUAAGAUAUCGGAGCCAUUUGAGUAUAUCUGGACCCGGGAGGAAAAAUUAGUGACUUUAUCAAUGGAUGGUUUUGUUAUGACGGCUGAGGAAAACUCGAAGGAUGGCAUGAUUUUGUACUACAAGGCGAAAGGAGAUUUCUCAAAGAAUUGGUUUCCCUAUAAGAUGGAAACAAAAGGUGAUGGAAUGGAGUAUUUCUCGUCAAAUCAUUUGAGGUGCAUACAAGAGGCAGUUGAAUUAUAUCAUAUCAAGUGUGGCUAUAAUUUUGGUCUGUCGAAUGAGACUAGGGAGACUUCGUGA